AUGGAUGAUUACGCACCGCCGUCCGGGCCGCCGCCGCCAAAGGCCCCAGAGGUACCUGCUGGCUGGGUGGCGCGCUGGAACGAACAAUACAAGGAGUGGUUCUACGUAAAUGUAUACACCAAGAAGUCGCAAUGGGAAAAACCUACGGCGCCCGUCUUCCCGGUCGGCGAGAAUAUGCCGGACGACCCCCCGCCGGGGUACGAGCCGGGCAAUGGGCCCGCGCCGACAGAUACCAAGAAGAACCCCUACGAAGACCGGUCGGGCCAGGACCAGAAUGCAGGCUCGUCGUCAACUCAGGACGAAGACGCCAAGCUGGCGGCGAAGCUUCAGGCCGAGGAGCAUGCCAGGGCCCACGGAGGCCCGACACCACCGGCCGGAUAUGCCUCUGGCGGCGCGGCGGAUUCGUCUGCCCAGGGCCACACUGGACAGUCACACACAUCUUUCCCCACGGCGUUGCCUCCCAGAGAUGAUGCCAGGGGCAAAGAUCGCGGGAUCUUGGGGAAGUUGUUUGGCAAGGGGAAAUCCCCACAGAGUGGUCAGGCCAACUUCGCCGGUGGAUAUCCGCAGCACAGUAACUACCAGAGCUCGCUGCCCCAGCAGCAUGUCGGAUACUCUCAGCAGGGUCCUCCUAUGGGGGCUUAUGGCGGGGGAUAUGGCCAGCCCGGAUACGGAGGGUAUCCUCCCCAGCCCGGGUACAGCGCUUAUGGUGGCGGAUACCCGCAAGGUGGCUACUACCAGCAGCAGCAGCAGCCGGGAAGGAGACCUGGUGGCGGUAUGGGCGGCAUGGGAAUGGGUCUCGCGGGCGGUGCUCUGGGUUUGGGCGCCGGUGUUUUGGGCGGCGCGUUGCUUGCCGACGCUAUUCACGACCAUGACCAGGCCGAGUAUAACCAAGGAUACCAGGACGGCAUGGAUAACGAUUACGGCGGAGGUGGUGAUUUCGACGGCGGCGGCGACUUUGGGGGCGGCGACUUUUAA